CCCGUGACUAUGCAAGGGGAAACCACGGCAAUAAGAAUCACGGAAAACGAAGGCAAACUGGAUGUAUUCCCCCAGAACAGGACUCCGAGCUCGGGAAGAGCAAGUGCCAAGAGCUGGCAGUAUAGUGACCACAUGGAGAAUAUCGACGGCUACUUGAUGAAGUAUACCAACCUGGUGACAGGCUGGCAGUAUAGGUUCUUCGUCCUAAACAAUGAGGCAGGUCUGUUGGAGUACUUUGUCAAUGAGCAGUCCCGACCCCAGAAGCCCCGUGGCAUGCUUCCACUAGCCGGGGCGGUCAUAUCCCCCAGUGACGAGGACUCUCAUACAUUCACUGUCAAUGCCAUCAGUGGGGAGCAGUACAAGCUCAGGGCCACAGACGCCAAAGAGAGGCAACACUGGGUGAGCAGACUGCAGAUCUGCACACAGCAUCACACUGAAGCCAUGGGAAAGAGCAAUCCACCACCCAAGUCACGCAGCUACUCCAUGGUGUCUCAAGGCAGCAGCAGCUCACCUAUGUCUCUGCGUCGACCUAGCCAGAACCCCACCUCCUUAUUCAACUGGCAAAUGCACAAGGGCUCAUCACUGUACUCCAGCAAGCGUUCCCUGCUGCCAGAUCACCUAGUGGAGGCUAGAGAAAUGAUGAGCCAGGCUCAGGGCCAGCACAAAGACCUGAUCCAGGGCAUCGAGGGCCUACCUGCCGUUCCUGGACUUAACGCUUUGGAUCAGGACCUCCUCAUGCUUAAGGCUACCUCCAUGGCCACCAUGACUUGCCUCAGUGAGUGCCUACAUAUCUUGAACCUGCAGCAGGUGGCACGGCAGAGAGGUUCAAUGGGAGGAUCCACCAUUGAGUGGCUGGAGCCCAAGCUGCCUGACAUCCUGAAAAAUGGCAGCAGUUCCUUGGGCAGCCUUACAACAGGAGAGGGCCCACUGGAGGAGGGAUGUCUGGGGCUCAGCAGCCCAGAGUCUUGCAGUUUUUCCGGGGAGCAGGACAACAUUGAUGCUGAGGAUGAGAUAAUGGACUCUUUUACAGAUGAAGAAGAGGACUUGUGUGCGGUGGAGGAGGAGCGCAGCGUCAUCCUACACCUGCUCUCGCAGCUGAAGCUAGGCAUGGACCUCACACGGGUUGUUCUUCCCACCUUCAUCCUGGAGAAGCGCUCCCUAUUGGAGAUGUAUGCAGAUUUCAUGUCGCACCCAGAACUCUUUGUGGCUAUCACAGAUGGCAGCACCCCAGAGGACCGUAUGGUUCGCUUUGUUGAGUACUACCUCACCUCUUUCCACGAGGGCCGCAAGGGUGCCAUUGCCAAGAAGCCGUACAAUCCAAUCAUUGGAGAAACCUUCCACUGUUCUUGGAAAGUCCCCAAGACGCAAGAAGCCUCUUCUGCCAACCCCCUACAAGAAAGCCCCGAACCCGCUGCCUCCCAGGAUUCUUACCAAGUGCGUUUUGUGGCAGAACAAGUAUCCCAUCACCCGCCUGUGUCUGGGUUCUAUGCAGAAUGUCAGGAAAGGUGCAUGUGUGUAAACACACACGUGUGGACUAAGAGCAAGUUCAUGGGCAUGUCUGUCGGAGUUUCUAUGAUUGGAGAAGGUUGCCUGACCUUGCUUGAGCAUGAUGAAGAAUACACCUUCACGUUGCCAUGCGCAUAUGCACGCUCCAUCCUCACUGUUCCUUGGGUAGAACUGGGCGGCAAAGUCAACAUCACUUGCGCCAAAACAGGCUAUGCUGCAGUCAUCACUUUCCAGACAAAACCCUUUUAUGGUGGCAAACUGCACAAAGUAACAGCAGAGGUGAAGCACAACCCCACCAACGUGGUCGUGUGCCGCAUUCAGGGGGAGUGGAAUGGCGCGCUGGAAUUUGCUUAUACCAAUGGGGAAACCAGGGUGGUCGAUGUCACCAAACUACCUGUAACAAGAAAGUGGGUCCGACCCAUUGAGAAGCAAGGUCCAACCGAAUCGAGGCGUUUAUGGCAGCAUGUUACGGAGGCCUUACGACAGAAAGACAUCGACAAAGCUACUGAGCACAAGAGGAUCCUGGAGGAGAGACAACGGUCCGAGGAGAGACACCGAGCUGAGACGGAAACCUCUUGGAGAACCAGAUACUUUGACAGGGAGGGCGAAGGCUGGAUUUAUCACAAACUACUGUCCAAAAGCUCCGCUGUCAAAUCCUAG